CAGUUAGUCCAGUCGGUGGGAGGAGCUAGCGGUCUGGAUGACGGAACGGGCCGUUUGUCCGGUGGGGGGUGCAGAGUGAAUCUUCGGGAAGAAGCUGAACGAGCUGACAAACCUGCUUUGUCACUUUGCAGGUGCCCUGGCGCCCACCUGGGCACUGCUGGGGAUACCGAGAAGCAUUGGUGUCGUGGAGCAGGUGGGGGGGAGGGAGGUGACUUGUUGUGUUGGGAUAACGCUGCCGAGCAGCCGUCGCUGACUGAAGAGGAGAAGGAGGUGGCGGCGGCGGCUGCAGCUUAAUCCGUUGAGGGUUAAGAUACCCGAGUUUGAGAGCUUUCAGGGACGCAUCAAGGCUCUGCUGAAGAAAGGAAGAGACGUACCGCCGCACCGAGCAUCCACUCAUGCUUAAAAUUGGAAACCUGAAUACUCAAAGGAAAUUUACACAGUUUACAACAGCUAUGAAGUCUUUAGAUGAACCACCUUACUUAUCUGUGGGCACAGAUGUAAGUGCCAAGUACAGAGGUGCUUUCUGUGAAGCCAAGAUCAAGUCAACAAAAAGACUUGUCAAAGUAAAGGCAACAUUUAGACAGGAUUCUUCAACUGUGGAAGUGCAAGAUGAUCAUGUUAAGGGACCCCUAAAGGUUGGUGCUGUCGUUGAAAUAAGAAAUCCAGAUGGAACGUAUCAAGAGGCUGUAAUCAAUAAAUUAACAGAUGCAAGCUGGUACACAGUUGUCUUUGAUGACGGAGAUGAAAAGACUUUAAGGCGAUCAUCACUAUGUUUAAAAGGAGAAAGGCAUUUUGCACAAAGUGAAACACUUGACCAGCUUCCGCUCACCAACCCAGAGCAUUUUGGAACUCCUGUUAUUGGAAAGAAAACAAGCAGAGGAAGAAGAUCUAAUCAAAUCCAUGAAGAGGAAUCAACUUCUUCCUCCAGUGAUGAGGAUGAAAAUGAGUGUAAAACUAGUGAUGAAUUAAUAGGAACGGUUGUCUGUGUAGAUGUUGGAGACAAAAAAAAAGCAACGUGGGUUCCGGCAUUAGUAGUUUCUCCAGACUGCUGUGAUGAUAUCACCGUAAAGAAAGAUUUCAUUCUUGUGCGCUCAUUUAAAGAUGGAAAAUUUGCUUCUGUGCCACGUAAGGAAAUUCGCGACAUUAAUGAUAUUUCCACAAAGAAUGAUAUUUUUAAGCAAGCACUAGACCAAGCCCUGGAAUUCUGUAAAACUAAAACUAUUCCUGCUAACUGGGUAACGGAAGUAAAGGAAGAGAGCUCAAGUAGUGAAACAGAAGAGGAUGAGGAACAGAAUAAAGAUAAUGAUGAUGAUAACACUAGUGAAGAAGAGGAGGAAAUCGAACCGUUUCCAGGAGAAAGGGAGAACUUUCUUCAACAACUAUACAAAUUUAUGGAAGACCGAGGAACUCCGAUUAACAAGAGACCUGUGCUUGGAUACAGAAAUUUAAAUCUUUUUAAAUUGUUUCGACUUGUCCAUAAACUGGGAGGAUUUAAUAAUAUUGACAGUGGCGCAAUAUGGAAGCAAGUUUACCAAGAUCUUGGAAUUCCAAUUCUUAAUUCAGCAGCUGGAUAUAAUGUCAAGUGCGCUUACAGGAAGUAUUUGUAUGGCUUUGAAGAAUACUGCACCUCAGCUAACAUUUCUUUUCACAUGGAACUGCCUAUAAAAAUUGCACAGAAAGUAUGUAAAGAGGGUGUUCAUGAAAAUAAAGUUUCUGUAAAGCAGGAAUCUGAAUCACAGGGGGAAACUGUUAAAGAGGAAUUUGAUACAAAACACGAAACCAUUAAUAAUGAAGUGAACAUAAAUGAAAUUAAACAUUCCACAGUGAAAGAAUUUAUUGGAGUUCAUUUAUGUAGUGAAAGCAAAGUGAAAGAAGUUGAAGAACAUAUUGCAGUAAAUCAAGAGACAAUACUGGAAGAAAUCACACCAAAAAUUGAAGAGACGAUAAUAACUGACAAGGAAAAAACAGAGGCUGAAAUCAAGAAGGAAGAAGAACUUGACGAGAACCAGCACAUGGAGACUGAGAAUGAAGACAGCGCAGAGGGAGAAGAGUUUGAAAGCUACCCAUCGGGCAUGAAAGUCCAAGUGCGGUAUGGACGAGGGAAAAAUCAAAAAUUAUAUGAAGCUAGUGUUAAAGAUUCUGAUGUUGAAGGUGGAGAGGUCCUUUACUUGGUGCAUUACUGCGGAUGGAAUGUGAGGUAUGAUGAAUGGAUAAAGGCUGACAAGAUUGUAAGGCCAGCAGAUAAAAGUGUACCAAAAAUAAAGCACAGAAAGAAAAUUAAGAAUAAAUUGGAACACAGAGACAAGUCAGAAAGAGAUGAAUGCUCUCCCAAGCACUGCAGACUUUUCCCAAGACCUCUAUUUCAACCUAGGGAUUUGGAAAAUGAAUCCAUACAAGAUGACCCUGAAAACAAGCACUCAUUACAAGGUCAUACAAUGGUUGAAAUAACAUCUAUUUUAAAUGGACUUCAAGCUGCUGAAAAUUCUGCAGAGGACAGUGAAACUGAUCACAGUAGCCUGAAUAUGGACAAAGAAGAAAAGGCAUUUCACAUGAAUCAUAUAAGCUACGAUAUCAAUCAAAGAUUGGAUGAAAACAAAAGCUUCCCUUUAACAGAAGGAAAUUGUACUGGUCUUGAUCCUAUAUUGGCAGUAAUACCUAGAUCCCCUGACUUACUAAAAACAGUGGAAGAUUCUUCAGACGAUACAGACUAUGAAGUAGAGUCUGCAAGACAAAGUAAAUACUUAAAGAAUGAUAUAACUAAGUCACAGAAUAAGCGUGGUAAAAGAAAAUACACAGAAAUGGGAAAGGCAAGGUCCCCUAAUGGCAAUGAAGUGUAUUCCAAGUGCAAUGAAACAACUGAUAGACUUGAUGCAGGUAGUAUGACUUCCUCAGACGAUGAGGAAAAAUCUAACCCAAAACAUGCAUUAUCAAACAAGUACAAUGGUUUUGAGGACAAAAGGAAAUCUUUGCGAACAGGUUUCUAUACAGGCUUCUCAGAAACACCUGAAAAAAAGAUUAAGCUUUUAAAUAAUUCGGAAGAAAGACUUAGAGCCAAAGACCGCAAAGACGUUUGGUCAAGUAUCCAAGGCCAGUGGCCGAAAAAAACUUUAAAGGAACUUUUUUCAGAUUCUGAUACAGAGGGUGCCACUUCCCCAUCUACUAGGAAUCAAGAUGAGAGUUCCUCUCUUCAGCAAAGUCAUGACAACAUUAGAAUGUCUUCAUCUGAGGUGUCUAAACCAGAGAAAGAUAAUGGACUAAAGCCUGUUGAUGAGAGAGCUGCUGAAAUAAGUGACAAAAAAAUUGACUUUCCCAGUAGUGGUAGUAACUCUGUAUUGAAUACACCCCCAACAACCCCGGAGUCACCUUCUACUUUAAGUGAAUGCCAAAAACAACAAUCAAAAAGUGACAUUUUAGAUACUUUAGAACCAAAUCAGGAAGAAGUUCAAAGCAUGAAAAGUGAAACUGAUAGUACAAUUGAAGUAGAUAGUGUUACCUGUGAACUGCAAGAUCUCCAGUAUGAAGGGCGAUUUUCACCAACAGGAUUUGAUGCAAGUAUAAGUUCUAGUAGCAGCAAUCAGCAAGAACCAGAAAGUAAAGAGAAAAGUCACACCAAUCAGGCAGUUGAUCAGACUGUUAAUGUGGGAGACAAUAGUUCAAAGAAACUUAAAAGAAGCCACAAAUCUUCAGUGUUUCAGAAGAAAAGAAAAAUAACCAACACAAGUGAUAGUGAAGAUCUUUCUGGAGGUGAAAGCCUUACUAAGAUGCAGUCGGAAAGACCAAAUGUUGGUUUAAAAUCACAGCCUACCAAAGUUCCACUCAGAGUGCAUUCUCCUGGAAAAUAUGCCAAGAACAGAGAAAAAGAUACAUUUCAGAAAGAAUAUGCCGAUCGCCUUCCUAAAGUUUACAAAUGGAGUUUUCAAAUGUCAGACCUUGAGAAAAUGACAAGUAUAGAACGCAUUGCAUUCCUCCAGGAAAAACUUCAGGAACUUCGAAAACACUACCUGUCAUUAAAGUCUGAGGUUGCUUCUAUUGAUAGGAGGAGAAAGCGGUGUAAAAAGAAGGAAAGAGAAAGUGCAGUGGUAUCCUCUUCAUCUUCGUCACCGUCCUCAAGUUCCAUCACUGCAGCUGUCAUGUUAACUUUAGCUGAACCAACAUUGUCAAGCUCAUCCCAAAAUGCAAUGCCAGUAGAGUGCAGGUGACAGGAGGAAAUCUCAACACACUUUGUACUUUAUUGAGGCCAUGGAUUUAUUUUUAUACUGCACAGCACAAGAAUCAGACAAGCACUUUUUCUAUUGCAUUCUUGAUGUGCUGUCCUUGCACUUAAGUGCACUUUUUAUUAUAGUACAAUAAACUGCUUUUCUUCAAGCAAUAAUUGUUUCCACCCAGCCAAGGAGUUCUCUGGCUAACUCCUAGGCCCUCUGUUCUGGCUCUCUGCUGGGUGGUUAUUGAUUGCAUAUUAACGGAGUAAGUAUAUUGUACUUUUACAAGUGGCUUUUCAUAGACAGACAUACUGUAUAAUGAAAAAAGAUUUUGUUAGAGAUGAAAAAUUUAAUAUAUUACAAUUUUUGUGGAAACAAUCUUGUUUCAGUUCAGCAAUCCUGUUACUGAUGUGUCUUCAGAUAUACAAAUAAAGCACAGAAUAUUUGAUUCCUACAUUAGUAACAAUAUAUUAAAUUGCCUCAGUUCCAUACACUCUGAGUGGGAGAUAGCCUUGACAAAACCCAACUCAUGUUUACAUGUAGGAAGAGCUGGCUGGCCUAAUACAUAUGCUUAAUGUAGAACAUUUUGGAGGGAUGUCACUUUUAUUCUUUACUACUCUGCCAUGUUCAGUAUAGAUCAGUAUUUUUAUUAUAAUCAUGCAACAAAUGUGUUACAAAAUGGACAUAUGGAAAACGUUUAUGUAAAAAUAUAUAUGAUGUGUUACAUUAUAUGUAUUGCAUUGUAUAUACAGAGUGUCUAUUUUUGUUUUUUUAUUUGAAGGCAGAAAUGCAGCAGUUGUUGUUGGCUGUUUUUUUUUUUUUUUUUUUUGUUAGAUAAAUUAGUCGCCAAGAAAAAAACCAAUACAGCAAAACAAAUUCUAUUAUUUGGAUUUGAGAUAUUUAAAAUUGCAUCAAUCAUCAUAAAAGAAGGAACUUAGGGGCUUUAUGUAUUUUAAGAGUGAUACGCAUAUUGUACUGUGUACUGCAAAGGCAUUUAUACAUUGUAUGAUUGGAGAAACUGAAGCUCUUAAAUUGCACUGUCAAUACUUAACACUGUACAGAUUGUUUUAAUGUUUUAAUCUCUCUGUAUCUUUUGAAAAUGAAAUAAGCAUGUAGUGUUUUGCUUUUCAUACAAUAUUCUUACUGUUAACAUCGCCGGUUAUUUUGUUGCUGUUUCUAUUGUUUUUCUUCUUUAUCCUCCCCUUUUCAUUUUCUGUAGAUAUUUGAGUGUUAACCUUUACAUUUACUUUUUUUAAGGAAUACAUUUAGUUUCAUAGUGUAAUACCUAAACUGGUUUUGUUUGCGUUGGACCAUAAUGGUUUCUAGGAAGCGCAACAAAUAGCCAUUACGGCUUAUGAAAUGGUAUACAAUAUUUAUUAAGUUCUCUAGAUGGUAAACAAUGUAUCAUACUGUAAAAAAUGUAACAAUAGGCCUCAGAAAUAAAAUGCAAUAGUUUGUGAAUA